GCGAAUAUGGCGGCCGAGAUCCACUCCAGGCCGCAGAGUAGCCGCCCGGUGCUGCUAAGCAAGAUCGAGGGCCAUCAAGACACCGUCACGGCCGCGCUGCUCAUCCCCAAGGAGGACGGCGUGAUCACAGCCAGCGAGGACAGAACCAUCCGGGUAUGGCUGAAAAGAGACAGUGGUCAGUAUUGGCCCAGCAUUUACCACACAAUGGCCUCUCCUUGCUCUGCUAUGGCUUACCAUCAUGAGAGUAGACGGAUUUUUGUGGGCCAGGAUAAUGGAGCCGUAAUGUAUUUUGGUCAUGUCAGCUGUUUUGUAGAGGUGAACUUUGACACCUUCCAAUCUCAUCAGAACCGGGUGUCCGCCAUCAUCUUCAGUGUGGCCGUGGAGUGGGUGAUCAGCACCGGCCAUGACAAGUGUGUCAGCUGGAUGUGCACCCGCAGUGGCAGCAUGCUCGGGAGGCACUUCUUCACCUCCUGGGCCUCCUGUUUGCAAUAUGAUUUUGACACUCAGUAUGCUUUCGUUGGGGAUUAUUCUGGACAGAUCACCCUGCUGAAGCUUGAACAGAGCGCCUGUUCAGUUAUCACAACCCUCAAAGGACAUGAAGGUAGUAUUGUCUGCCUCUGGUGGGACCCUAUUCAACGAUUACUCUUCUCAGGAGCAUCUGACAACAGCAUCAUCAUGUGGGACAUCGGAGGAAGGAAAGGCCGGACGCUCUUGCUUCAGGGCCAUCAGUGCGCUCCUCAGUGGCUGGAAAGUGAUUCUUGUCAGAAAUGUGAGCAGCCCUUUUUCUGGAAUAUAAAGCAGAUGUGGGACACAAAAACUCUGGGGUUAAGACAGCAUCACUGCAGGAAAUGCGGGCAGGCCGUCUGUGGGAAGUGCAGCAGCAAGCGCUCCAGUUACCCCAUCAUGGGCUUCGAGUUCCAGGUCCGGGUGUGCGACUCCUGUUACGACUCCAUCAAAGAUGAAGAUCGGACUUCUCUGGCAACCUUUCAUGAAGGAAAACAUAACAUUUCCCACAUGUCCAUGGACGUUGCUAGGGGACUCAUGGUGACCUGUGGGACUGAUCGCAUUGUAAAGAUAUGGGACAUGACGCCUGUGGUUGGUUGCAGUCUGGCCACUGGAUUUUCUCCACAUUGA